AUGGCUAAAAAAGCUAACCGUCUGCCCCCAAACACAGCGAAAUCCCGUGUCAUGAUCGUCCGGCUCUUGUCCAUGGCCGCGACUGGAUACUUCUACACCUUUAAGCGUCUCCGAACCGCGUCGCCUAUGAGCAUGCUGAAAUAUGACCCGAUAAUCAUAUCGCAAAGUCGAGAAUGGGAUGGCAGAGCUGACGAUACCACAGUCCGGAGAAAAGUCUUGUUCCUGGAGCAAAAGAAGAAGGGAAAAUGA